UGUUCAUCCUCGUUUCACACGUCUAGUGGGCGAUUUAACCCUAUGGCGUCAUGUAAAUUUUGGCCGAACGCCCCUGAGUCUGCAGUUUCUCCAUAAGUUUAUACGAUUUCUGGGUCCACACACACUAACCAUCACUGUGACUGGAUUUGUCAAGUCCAGUGUUCGAUUGCAUCCAAAAGGGUCAAUGUGUAUCUCUGAAGCAUUUUUGACGAGCCUGAAACGUCGUUGUCCUCACCUUCAAGAACUCAAUCUUCAUCGGUGCUAUAUUGAUGCUUCCACUAAAUUCUCUGCUUUGCCAGCAUCUCUAAAAAUGUGUCUCUGUGUGGGUCGGCACUUUUUAAUUUGCCACAGGUUUGUAUUCAAUUAAACUCAAGAAACAGAAGUUUGACAAUGUUUCUUUUAACCUAGAUAGAUAAUAUCCAGUGGAGAGAAAGGGCAGUAAUAGUAGCAGGAGUUAUUCUGUGUACUUGUGUUUGUUUAAUAUAUUGUACUUCAGGAAGAGGCUAUGAGAACACUGUACUGUAUAGGGCAAAUCUAAAGGGGCAAUACUGUAUAUGGAGUGAUUGAGAAGAGAAAGCUUGUACAGAAAUUUGAUAGUAGGUGACUUUGUGAAUAAUUGAGAAACAGGUAUGUACAGUACUGUACAGUCAGUCCUUGAUUUUUAUUUAUGAAAGGGUUCCAUUCUUGAAAACCUUUCAUAAAUCAAAUUCUCAUAAGUUGGAUCCCAGCUUUCUGUAGACCCCCAUUAUAAAAGAUGAGAUAUGUUUUCAUAAAAAAAAAAUCCAAAUAUAUUUUUAAUGAAAAUUUUUGGUGUACAAUCAAAGACAAAAGUCGUGUCGCAAUUUUGUCUGAAGAUUAAAUAUAACAAGUGAAACAUUGUUCAGCCUGUUACACUACUUACGGUAGUCUUCACAGUAACAAGGCGGUCUCAAGAAGGUAGGUGGAAGAAAAAAGAAGAAUCACUUACAAUGUUUGCUGACUAAGUUUUCCUUUGGAGGAUUUUUAAAUCAUCUUGAGCAGUUGAAUUGAAUUUUGUCUCCAGAAACUUUCCUCCCAAAUUCUGAAGGUUUGUCAAACUUGGAAAAAAAAAAUCACGUCACUAAUUUUUAAAAUAACUCGGGCAAAUAGAAAUGACUUUAAAUGGAGCAAGUUCUGGGAUGAGAUCAGUAUUUAGUAAUUUCCCUCCAUAUUUUGGGGUAUUUAUGGGUUCUGUUGUCUAUAUGUUAAAUUUUGACUUCACCCAUCUGGACUGCUUACUUACCUUGUUAAAACUCCUUAGAAAUUUAGUGUCUUUUUAACCAUGUUUUCCUUUAGUCUUCUCUUUAUUAUGUGUUGUCCAUUUAAUAUCCUGAGAAUGAUAGGUUCAGUAGCAAGCCCAAUGAUAGAUUCUUAAAUUUCCUUAUCACUUAGUAAAUAUUUCAGAAUCAUUAUGGUGGUCGUGACAUCUCAUUUUCCGGCUGGAAAAGCAUUUACCUGUGUUGGAGGAAGUGAUCCUUGAAGGUUGUGGUGCAUGGCUCACGAGGCAAGACCUCACACUGCUCAUGAGUCACUGUCCAGCCUUACAAAUUGUGAAUGUUGGUCCUGCAAGAUACACACGUACAGGGCUUUGUUCAUGGGAUAAACGUGAUGAUAAACAUAGUAGCAGAAUUAUUCUCACUCGCAAAUGGAGAGCUUAAGUUGCAAUGUGGAUAAUUCCUACAUGAAGGAUCAAGUGAAGUAGUAUUUGAAGUGACCUCACAGAACUAGCUUGGAAUACUAUUCGCUUUGUGUUUGAGAAAUUUUUUCACAGUGAACUGUUAAAAGAUAAACAGAAAUAUGGAUUUGAAAUAUGUUUGUUUCACUGAGUAACUAGUAAAGUGAACUAGGAAUCUCCUUUAAUAACCCAUUCUCACCUGUAGGUAUUUAUUUUCUCAAACUUUAAUUUGUUAUUUUGGACUUUUGCAAUAAACCAAUAAGAAUAGCUCUUUAUUCUGGACUGCAGUGGUGAGAAGAGGUUGAUAUACUGGACUCCUUAGAUAACAAUGGCCAUGUUACACCGAGUCUGGUUCCUUCUCCUGGUGUUCCUCAUCUUGCUGGCCUGAAGGCUUGACCAGAGAACCAGAUGGAACUGGUUCAUUGUAUUAUUCAUGUGGUUUUAUGAUGCAAUACUUCUAAUAUACAUAAGCAUCCACAUGAUUGAUGAGUGCCGGAGAGCAGUGGAGGAGCCUGGAGGCUCACACCAUCGUGCCUUGUGGCCUCUGUCAGUUGUAAUUCUUAAGAUGGCAUUCAUGGUAGCACUAUGUUUCAAGUUAGAGAAUCAUGAUGCUUAUAUGCCAUCAUUCUAUGUUCUCCUACCACUGUGGACUCUGUUAAUGGGCCUUUGUGGCAAAGUUCUCCGUUGUCUUGUGCUGCAGCACCAAGACCGUUACCCUAUCUGCAUUGUCAUUACUGAAGUGAUGUUUUAUUUCUCCAGAAAUAUGGUUACUGGAAGAAUGUGUAAUGUACAAGUAUGUAUCAAGAAAUGGUAUAUAUAGAGUUGGAUUAUCCAAAUUUCUUGUCAACAAAAUCUUUAAAGGUCUUUUCUUAUAUUAGUUUCAGGAAUUUAGUUUUUGUUUGCCAAUUAAAGCAUUUUUUUUCAGGUGUUACUGACUGUCACAUGUGUCUUCUGAGAAUUGAAUGCAUAUAAUUUCUUUAUAAUUUGCAUAAUAAAUUAUUUUAAAAA